CCCAACUUCGUCUCUUUUUAUUUACUUUUUUUUUUUUUUCUUAUAAAUUAAAAUGGGAAAAUCGAUUCCAAUCAAAACAGGGCUAAGAGGAGCGUCAGCUGUAGCAGCUGGAUUUAUCAAAUCCUCGAAACCGAUCCGACCCGUUUCCUCCAUGGACAGUCCCGGUAAAGAUUCCUCAUCCGGCACCGCCACCGCCACCGCCACAACCAGCGAUAGUAGUAGCCGACGCUUUGUUCCGCUUUCAACGGUGGUCUCUGAUUGUGCGAAGCGGUGGUUCAAAGACACACUUGAGGAAGCUAAAGCUGGGAACAUCACUAUGCAGGUUGUAUUGGGUCAGAUGUAUUACUCUGGCUAUGGAGUCCCUAAAGAUGCUAAAAAGGGGAGACUUUGGAUUACAAAAGCAUCAAGAGUUCGUUCUUCAGUGUGGAAAGUGAAAGAUAAACGACCAGGUUACAACGCAAGUGAUUCUGAUUCAGAGUCUGAUUAGCAUAAUCCUGAUCGAAAGAGCUUGUUUUUUGUUCUGUUUUGUCUCAGUCUUGGUUGUUCCAAGUUCCAGGAAUGAACUCUAUAUAUUUUUGUAUCAGCGCAAAUCAUUUUGAUGCUUGCUUAUCAUUUUGUAGCUCUAUUACUCAAGUUUUAGUUUUUUUUUUUUCUUAUAUCUUGGUGAAAGCCUUUGCUGAUAGUGUAUGAUUCUAGCAAUGAAAAGGGGUUUUAGGUA